AUGCCCAUAAAUCCUAGAGUCUUUUUUGACAUUGACAUUGAUGGUCAAAGACUUGGCAGAAUCGUGUUUGAACUUUUUGCAGAUGAAGUAGAGCAGACGGCAGAGAACUUCCGCGCCCUUUGCACCGGUGAAAUGGGAUUAGGAAAGGUUAGCAACAUGCCGCUUCACUACCGUGGGUCUAUCUUUCAUCGCAUCAUUAAAGGCUUCAUGUGCCAAGGAGGAGAUUUCACUAGACGCAAUGGAAGCGGAGGAGAAUCUAUCUACGGUGCAACCUUUCCUGAUGAGAACUUUAAGCGAAAGCAUACCACUCAGGGCUUGCUAAGUAUGGCCAACCGUGGACCUAAUACUCAAAGCUCUCAGUUUUUCAUCACAACACGGCCAACACCACAUUUGGAUGGAAAACAUGUUGUCUUUGGUCGCGUUGUUUCCGGCUACGAAAUAGUUGAGACCAUGGAGAACCAGCCGGUAGAUACAAACAAUCGUCCUCUGCAGCUGGUCAUGAUUGCGAACUGCGGUGAGCUCGUCCUUCAGCUCCCACCUAGCGUCAAAAGUAAGUGA